AUGCGUAUAAUUAAAGAAGCUUUUGAACAAUCAAUAACAAAUAGUGUUGAAUCAUCACCUGAAGCAAUUGUUGCUGGCUGUAUUGUCUCUUAUUUCUAUCUUGGUUCUCUCUUCUUCAUAGCAAUGCCACAAAAUUCAGGGAUUAUAGAUGAAAAUGUUAUUUGUAAUUGUGGUAAUUCUUGUAAUGUAAGAACUUCGAGAACAGUUAACAACUCAGGUCGUAGAUUCUUUGGUUGCAAGAUGCCAAAAGAUAAGGGUGGAUGUGGCUAUUUUAAAUGGAUUGAUCCAUCUCCAGAGGUUGAGCUUUUGAAGGAGAAGCUUAAAGAGGUUGAAGAAGAGAGGGAUACAUUGAAAUAUAAAAUGAAGGAACUUGGAGGCAAGUAUGAUUCAUUGAAACAAAAAUUGAAGGAAAUUAAGGAAGAGAGGGACUGUGCAAAAGCCAAAUUCAAUAUGGUUGUCGUUGUUGUUCUAUGUUUUUUACUUGCAAAAAUUAUCUUUGGGUAG